ACGGCUUUGCUAAGUGCUUACUCUGUAUGUCUCAUUUGAUGCACAGUUAGAAGUAAUCAGGCGAUGAUUGGUUAUAUUACCAGCUUGGUACAGAGAUUUUCCGAUGUUGCUUCAUUAGGAAUAGAAUAAUUGAUGUGAUCAAUUUUCAGCCCAGAAAAGUAUAACCUUAAUAAAUUGCUGGUUGAACAUCACUCUAAUUACAGUUUUUACUAAGAGGUUGCAUCACAUCACAGAGUAAUCCGCUUUAAACCUUCCUCCCUCCGUACGAGAAUAAGCUCGAUGGUGAAUUCUUUUAGUAAUUCAUUCAUCUCCCCGUAAUUUAUUUUAAGCGCUGUGCCUUUCAAUUGCGGAUCCCAGAGGCCAAAGUUCCAUAUUUCCUUUUUGGGGUUUAUCGACCGAGAAAUGGUUUUCAACGCGAAGCUUUGGAAUUAUUAAUUGUUCUCUUCUGGUUGUGAAUAGCAUCCUUCAUCACAGUUGUUGUUAUUGUUUAGUCGACAAUCAUGGCUGGCUAUUCAUUAUUCCUAGGCUUUGUCAUUCCAGUGACAGGAUGGGUUUUAUACGUGCUGUAUUGUUUGGCUGUCAACUACAAUCUAGCUAGGAAGACCGGUCUACCCCUCGUGAUCUUGCCCAUCGAUUCUGGUAAUCCUCUUUGGAUGGCCGUUGAUACCAAGAUUCUACCAUACUUCAAAAAUCUACCUUUCACCAAAAACUUUACCCGUUUCAAUUAUCGAGGAUGGGAAAUUCACGAUCGAUUCAAGGCGCAUCAGGAGAUAGGUGAUGCAUUCAUCCUCGUGACUCCAGGGAAGAAUUGGCUACAACUUUGCAAUGCAGAGACCUUGAUCGAUAUAAAUGCCCGUAGUAGGGAAUUUACCAGACCAACGGAGAUGCUAGCGAUGUUGAACGUCUUUGGGCCUAAUCUUGGAACAACGGAAGGAGCUCAAUGGCAGCGUCAUCGCAAAAUCACUGCCACAUGUUUCAAUGAGAACAACAACGAAAUUGUAUGGGCAGAAGUAAUUCGUCAAGCCACUGGAAUGCGAAAGUAUUGGUCAUCAAAAUCUUCAAUCAAUACUAUUGGCGAUGAUGUACGAACACUGUCAUUACACGUCAUGUCUAGUGCUGGUUUUGGGAAAUCAUAUCCGUAUCAAGGAGCGGAGGAAGAGUCUGCUACUCAAGGUUCUGCUAAUAUCAGAGAUGCUUUGAAGUUGAUAUUGGAUAAUUGUAUCGCUUUGGUUGCUCUAGGUCCAAAAAACUUGGAUAAAUGGUGGUUACCAAAAAGUUGGAAACCUCUCCAUGAAGCAACCGUCACUUUCCAGAACUAUAUGACAAAUGCAUAUGAAGAAGGAAAACAAGCUGCUGCGGAUGGAAGCACACAUGGAAAUAAUCUGAUGACUUCACUUGUACGUGCUUCUCAAGCAGAGAGUAAGGAAGCAUCGAGUCAUGGUGGCUUGACAGAGCAAGAAAUUUACGGAAAUAUUUUCGUGUUCAAUUUUGCUGGUCAUGAUACCACUGCCAACACAUUAGCUUUUGGUAUUGCCUUAAUUGCUACUCGUCCUGAUGUUCAAGCUUGGAUUGCAGAAGAAAUUAAAGAAGUAUUCGGUGAUCAAGAACCAGAAACUUCAAACUAUGCAGAGAUAUUUCCACGUUUGAAGCGCUGUCUCGCUGUUACAGUAAGCAAUCCCCAAACAAUCCAUCAUAUGCAUAAAAUCUCAAAAGUAUACUAACUCUCCUACCAGUACGAAACAGUACGUCUCUACACACCAGUAGCCAUCGUCAAAACCAGUGGUCCCGAACCCCGAGAACUCAAAGUCAACAACUCAACUCACGUACUUCCACCACACACAAUGAUCAUCCCCAGUUACUCAGCCAUGCAUACACAUCCCCGACAUUGGGGAUCCAACUCUCUAGCCUGGGAACCAUCCCGUUGGAUCCUACCCUCUUCAAAUUCUCCUUCUAACACCGCACUUACAUCAUCCCCACCAAAUCCAAGUACCUCAAAUCUUGCUACAGAAACUUUCCUCGAAUUUCCAAAAGCUUCUAAUCCAUUUAUUGCCUGGUCAGGCGGCGCACGAGUAUGUCCUGGGAGAAAGUUCUCCCAGGUUGAAUUUGUAGGUGUAUUGGUGGGAUUAUUUAAGGAUUAUAGGGUUAAACCUGUACAACUUGAGGGAGAAAGUGAGAAAGAUGCGAUAGAGAGGUUGAAGGGGUUGAUUAAGGAGGAUACGGGGUUUCGAUUGUUGUUGCAGUUGUUACAUCCUGAGAGGAUGUUUUUUAAGUGGGAGAAGAGAGUUUGAGGGUUUUUUCUAUGGGAGGGGAUGUGAUGAGGGAAGGUGGUUGGUUUGGAGUGGAUAUUUUUAAAUGAGGGGGGAUGUAAUUUUAAAGAUUCUACUUUAGAUUAUUUUUGAUUUUAUAAAAUUCUUCUAUAGAUUAAUCUUCUUUUAAUCUAAGAAUGAAUUUGAGCUAUUGAAAUAUCUCUUAGUUAUAUCAAGUUAUAUAAAUUAUUUAUCAAUAUAUAUAAUUUUGUAAUUACUUUAUUCAUUUUCUUAAUCUAAUCUAGUUUAAUCUCAUCUUAUUAUCUAUCAUUAUAUCAAAAUUGAUCAAAUUAUUUUAUAUUUUUAUUUUUAUUUUAUCUCUUUAAAGAGGGCCAGGGGCUUAAUAAAAGACAUUUUCAUAUCAAAAAUCAUGUAUUUUCAAAAAAAAAUUAUAAAUCUAAUAAAAAAAUUA